GGCCUGGCCCGGCGGCAUCAGGAGGUGCUUCGUCGGCAUCGCGGCGACCGCGUCCCCACGGCAACCUCGAUACGGAAGCCGGAGGUGGCGGCAGCAGGACAGCGGGAGAGGAGAAGAAGUCGCGAAAGGACGGCGACGGCGACAGCAUGGAUGUCGAAGACGACGUUCAACUGGUCACAAAGGAGUGUCGUAGUCGUUUCUUUUGUGACGCGGGCACGCCGCAAGGCUCGGCGGCGGUAUCAUUGUCGCCGCUGCCGCCUCGCAAGGAGGCCGCUGCAGCAGCCGCUUCCGCCUCAGCUGCUAACUGCGGUGCUCCUGCCGGCUGGCUAUCGCCGAGACGCCGCCCGCCCGGCUCGCCGCCAAUCCGUGUGCCCGAGCGUGCGGGCGGCGGCACCACCGCCCCCAUUGCCGGCAGCACUGUUGUCGGCGGCUCUGACGCCUGUCCGUCGCGAAAGGCAGCGGCAGCGACCGAGCCGCCAGACCCUCCCGAGGUCCACAACGUCGAUGACGAGGUUGACCAGCGGAAAGAGGAUGAGGCAUCUGAUUCCAAGGGGAAGAGACAUCCGAGCGGUCUCCCGGUGCCAUUCAUCGGCCCCGCGCGGCCGCCGCCCGCCGCCGCCGCCGCCGCCGGGCGGGCCUUGCCGCCGCGGCCCAAGCCGCUGCAGCUACCGCAGGGGGAGCAACGCCGCUCCUCCUCCUCCUACUUCCAAUCUCCGCGCCUCACGUCCGGGAUGAAGCCGCGGAGCGAAAGCAACAACCAGGACAUUCGCAGGAAUUUUAUUGGUGGCGCAUUUCCGAAUGGCGGGGCCCGCAGACUUGGAGGAAGCAGCUGGAAGAGUAGUUCUGGGGCUAGCAGCCGGGGUGGCAGUAGUGGGUCUGGGUCUGUGCUAGGCGGUGGCGCUGCGAAGGGAUCGGGCGGGCAGAAGACAAUAUUAUCGUCCUGGGAGAAGAAACCCUCAUCGUCUUCUCACAACGGUGCCGGUAGCGGCGGCGGCGGUGGCGGUGGCGGCGGUGGCGGCGGUGGCGGCGGCAACAGCUCCGGAGACGAAGCAGAGUGGAGACCGCCGGGAAAGGCCGCGGCGGCGGGCGGAGGUGGUGACCGAGGGGGGCUCCGCAGUAGUAGUCGCGGGGGGAAGGUGCUGGAGGACCUCACCGGAGCGGACGAAGGGUGGGAGGACAUAGGAGACCUGAAGAGUGCCGGUGUAGGCGGCGGAGGGUCGGCGUCAAGUGUUGCCGGCGGCGGCCUGGGCAAUAUGACGUUGAGAACCAUUCGAGGCAUCAACCUCCAGCAGGAUCACUUCGAUCGUAUCGUCGACAGCGACGGCUGGCUAACGUCCCAGGUCAUCGACAUCCGCGUGAAGCAGCUACAGGAGAGGUACCCGCAGCACCUGUACUUCGAUUCGUCCUUCUUCGGCUUCCUGUGCCCCACGACAGAGAAGGGAGGAGCUUUCGUGGUAGACUACGCGAGAGUGGCGGGCUGGACCAAGCAAUCUAGGCUGCCCGGCGGCAAGUCGUCGCUCUUCGACAUGCGGAAACUUUUCAUCCCGAUCAACCAGGGCAACGUCCACUGGGUGCUGGUGGUUGUGGACAUGGAUAGCGAUGAUAAGGGCGGCGGCGGCGGCGGCGGCGGCGGUGGCGGCAGCGACAGGGGCAACGUGGGCGGCGGUGGGGCCAAGGUGGUUUCCUUUUUCGAUUCCUUCGGGAGGGAAGGGACUCCCUACGUCGAGGCCGUGCAGCAGUACCUCGUGAGCGAGCUCAGCAGCCGAGACAAGACGCGACAGGAGCUGUUCACGCCCCGACCCCGGCCACCGGACAACGCCCCUCGCCAGCACAACAGCAGCGACUGUGGGGUUCUCAUGCUACACGUCAUGGAGGAGUUAUCGACUGGGCCCACGGAUGCGCUGGCACCGCUGACACAGGAGGAGAUCCAGUCCCUGCGCUUGGUCCUCAUCGCGAACAUCCUCGAUGAUGAGCAGGUCUCAUGAGGCAAGACCCCAUCCAGCAGCUGUUGCUGCUGCAUACAUGCCGCUGCUGUGACUGCUUGGCCUCGUUCAGUGUGUAUGUUGUAUUUGUACCUACGGCUGCCACCGCUGCUGCUGCUACUACUACUGCUGGUGCUGGUGCUGGUGCUGCUCGUGGGUCCACGGAGAAGUAGGCCGGGACAUGUCAAAGAGACGGUCAGUCGAGAGGAGCUGGGUCACGGCGCUCACUCUAAUGUUGUUAGUCUCGGGCGGCCGCUCGGCAGACCCCACGCGAAGCUGCGCGGUCAUGUCAUAUGGGAGUCACAACAGCCCGGUUUUCCCCUCUGCGUUAAUCUGGUUUCCCACCGAGCCCAUCGCAUAGUUGACCACUACACGAGGCAUCGUCGUGGCUGAAGCCAGCCCAACUUCCACCAGGAGGCAUUGGGGUAUGCUUGUUCGCUGCAAGUGGUUGAGUUGUUCAAGACGAGCGCUUGUGACCGGCUGGGGCGACGCAGAAUGGGUUCAGUUUUUGGCCUGACGGAGGCCGGACGGGUUUGGGGCCGGGGGUUGGGGUUGUGUAUUUAGCGCUGUAAAAUCCUAGAGAAAUAAGUCGAAUGUUGGUGUGUUGUGUUUGUGAGUGACAGUCGAAGCGCCUACACGAACGAACGGCCUCUGGCUGAGCAGGAAGCGAAGCAAGCGUCCGUGCUUUGGUAUCCCUCUCUCUCUCUGCUGUUUCGAGAGGCGGUAGGUUGGUGGUGUACUUGGAUUGAGUGCUGGCGGUAUUUGGGUUUGUUGUUCGCCUCUCAUCAAGUUGGCAUUACCCGGUUGGUUGCACACCCCCCCCAACGCUGCACC